CGCUGCUUUUCUCAUUAUCGAGUCUUUUCGAGCUGCGUGCAGAUAUGCCUUUGAAAAGCUGAAACAAGCCCUUACUUUCUCAUCACGAUAGCUCCAGAAGCCGAACAAUAGCUCUUGUUGAGCGCCCCCAUAAUGCGGUUGGCCGCCUGCUCUUGUCUACUUCAAUGUCGAUAGCACCGCCCUUCCAUGAAUGAUCUACCGGUCCGCUUCGUCACCACACGAUGUCUUCUGGGCCCGGUGAACUCGCACCACUCCAUCGACUUAGCAAAGAUGACCGAGGCCCAAUAGUCAUCAUCAUUGCUUAUUCCUGGAUCUUUGUUCUGUCUCUUGUUGUGCUGAUUCGUUUCGGCAUUGCGGUGAAUCAGAGGCUCAGAUUCAAGGUCGAUGAUUUCACCUUUGUGUUGGGUGUGGGAUUCGCUUGCGCCAGUUCAGUAUGCUUUCAUCUUGCGGCAAACGGGGGCCUUGGAAGACAUAUCACGUCCCUCAACCAAGGUCGUCUUAAUCAAUACUACCAGAUGAUGUACGCAGCAGAGAUGAUGGGAAUCGCCGCAAUGGCUUGGGCCAAGACCUCUGUUGUGCUUCUAAGUGAUCGAGUUGCACCUCGCCCGCCUGUUCCAUUUUACCUUAUGCUUGGUCUCAUUGCCGUUUGGACCAUUUUCUCGAUAUUCGCGACAGCCUUCCAAUGCUCUCUACCACAUCCCUGGGUCUAUGUGCCUUCCGAGUGCCCCAGCCGUGGGAGCCUACAAUAUCCCAUCAUCAUUCUAAACAUCAUCACAGAUGCUAUACUGGCGACGUGGAUUUUACCUACACUAUGGAAGCUACUAAUGGACGUAGAGAGGCGAAUCACUGUCAUAGUUCUUUUUGGAUCUCGGUUUAUAGUUUGUGGAGUGGCCAUAGGGCAGUUGAUUGCGGUAUCCCGGCAUAUUCAUGACAGAGACCAAACUUUUAAUAACGUUACCCAUGUUAUCUGGGAACUUUGUACAAUAAAUCUUUCCGUCCUGCUCUCCACAAUACCCCGCACAAAUCGCUUUAUAGCCGCACUUCAAACCUCACAUGCCACAACCCUCCUUACUGAAUUCGAACUCGCCCACCCAAACGGGACACUUGCCGGAACACAAGCUUCCGGCCCGAAACGCUCGCUGAGCACCAGCGGGGCUGUCUCAGAACCUUGUGAGGCUCACCACGGCCGCUCACGGUCGCAUUCGCGGAGUAACCAAUCGCGGGAUCCCCUCGUUGAAUUACCACUAAAGCUAACUCCUAGCUGGGAUCGUAACUUCAGCACGCAUAUUUCGUCACAGAGCGAUAACGACGCCGCCGAGGACCGAGACAAUAGAAAGAAUUCCAAAAAACACAGCAUAGACGAUUGGAAGAAAUUCGUUCAAAUGAGUGGUGUGAAGAGCCAUGACGAGGAGAAUGCUGGCGGCAUGUUGUCUUGGACCUCGAGGGCGAGUCAUGGGAAGAAAAUUGUGAAAACGAGAGAAGUUACGCAAGAGGUGGAGUAUAUGCCUCCAAAGGAAUCGCGGUGGACCAUUUCAAAGGUUCGGAGGCAAAGUCGCGAGAUUGGAUACGCGACUUGAUCUGUAUUGGAGUUUAGGAGGCUAUCGCAAUUGCGGCGUUAUGUUGGUUGAGUGAAGGCGUUGUGGAUGAACGCUCCGUGCGAUACCCCCAUGUAAUUAUAAGAUCCGAAGUUUUCGGCUGAUGACUGGAGUCACAUUCAUUUAUCGUAGGAAAGGAUGGAUACGGCCAUGAUCAUGCGAUCCUUACAAAACUCAAGAAUUUAGACUGGAGGGACAGUCAUCAAUACCAG